AGUUCAGUUUGAGCGGUUGACCUAGGCGGACGCGAACCCAGCUCGAAGCAAACCAUGCCCAACCCUUCGUACUGCAUCAUCGGGGCCGGACUUGUCGGGCUGAACGCGGCCCGGUACGCCCAGGAAUCCGGCGGCCACGUAACGGUGUUCGAGCAAACCGACAAGGUCGGCGGUACCUGGGUGUACACCGAUGAGGUGGGCAAGGAUAAGUAUGGUUUGGACAUUCACACUAGCAUGUACCAGGGUUUGAAAACGAAUCUUCCCAAGGAGUUGAUGGGUUUUCCGGAUUUUCCCAUCGGCGAGCAGGAGGAAUCGUUCGUGACGGCGGCCGAAGUGCUGCAGUUUAUCGUGAACUUCACGGAUAAGUUCGAGCUGUGGGGCUGCAUCAAGUUUGAGCAUCACGUGGUGCGGGUUACGCGACUCAUGGACAGUGACAAGUGGGAGGUUAUCGUGAAGAAUCUACCCAGCAAUACCUAUGAAACAUACCAAUUCGACUUCGUCCUAAUCUGUAACGGACACUUCUUCAAGCCGUUCAUACCGGAAAUCGCUGGGGCGGACCUGUUCAAGGGUCGUCAAAUGCACAGCCACGACUACCGGUGUCCGGAACCGUUUCGAGGCAAAAACGUGGUCGUCAUCGGAGGAAGUCACAGCGGAGUGGACGUCGCAAUAGCUUCGGCACCGGUUGCCAACGGGACGGUACUAAGCCAUCGUCAAACCAGCCAGCUGAACAUCUUCAACGACAAAGUGAUUCAAGUGUCCGAGAUCGCCCGAAUCCGUGAGAAUGAUAUCGACUUUGUAGAUGGCUCGAAGCAUCCGUGCGAUGUCCUGGUCUUCUGUACUGGUUACCAGACGUGCUUCCCGUUCCUCAGCGUAGACUCGGGGAUUCAAGUGGAGGAGAAUCAUGUCAAGCCGCUGUACAAGCACUGCAUCAACAUUCGCUACCCUUCGAUGGCCUUCCUGGGGCUUCCGUUUCAUUCGUGUUUUACGCUGAUGGUUGAUUUGCAGAGUCGCUUCUGCAUCAAGUUCUUCAGCGGAGCCAAGGAACUUCCCUCGCAGGAGGAGAUGUGGGCGGACAAUAGGAGGGAUGAGGAGGAACGAGCUGCUCGGGGACUGCUUGGGAAGGCGGCUCACAUGCUGGACGGUGAUCUUCAGCAGCGGUACUAUGACGAGUUGGCACGGGUUGCGGAUAUCGAACCGUUGAAGCCAGUCCUAACCAAGCUGUACGAUGCGUGCAUCACGGAGAAGCGGAACAACAUGCUGACCUAUCGAAACAACGUGUACCGCAUCAUUGACGACGAAAAUUUUGUCAAGAUUCGUGGAAGUGGAGUCAGUAAUUGAACGAAAACAGUAGAA